UUUAAAUGGCGAGUAUUUUUGGAUAGGUAUAUAGAUGUACGUUUGCUUAUUGUACUUCAGUCUGUAGUAAUCGGAUCAGAAUAUAAUACACCGUAAUCGACAAGAGAUACACAUAAUUUUGUUUACAUUGAGUGAUAUCCACCAUGAUCAACGUGGAUAAUUUGUUAGAGUCCGGCAUCGGCUACUCGCAAGGGAUUAACUCACCAAUGAAUGAAAAAAUUGACAUGCACUCGGGAUGGCAUGAUAUUGAGAGUCUGUCCUUAAUGUACCAAGACAACACACCAUACGAGAAUGGUAUGCUGCAAGCACUUGACCAAAUGAGGGCGGCCACCAUGCCAGGAAAGCAGGAGAACCAAGAUAUGGCUGGAAACCGAUCCCCCUGCGAACUACAAGACGUUUAUGAUGAACUUCUAGAUUACGAUUUUAUUCUGGCGAACACUGUUGAUAGUCAAAGUUUAUAUUCCGAAGAAAACUGUUUGAAAAUCAAGCAAGAACAAUCUCAACCAAAUAUGAUAGCGGGCGAACCUUUACCAGACUUUCAUUCUACUUUCUUAGAUAUUCCUGACAUUAAGUUUGACAAUGAUGUGAACACUAGUCUAUCAUCUGAUAUGGAAACAAUGAAAAUGGACUUCAACAAGUACAUUGUUCCGAAACAAGAAUUUGGACAUGCGUCUGUUUCUAGUUGUGCUUCUUAUAUGAGCAACAAAUCACCAGUAAUGACUAUGCCUCGAUUAACAUGCAACGCUACUCCAGUUUCAACGCCACAUCAACCAAUGCAUUAUCCUGUUAACAUUCCCGGCAAUAUGUCUCCACCUUCCUCUCCAGAAAUGCAAAACGAUCUCCCAAAAUACCGCGCACCUCUUCAGAUGUUGCAACAGCAGCAACAGAGUCAUUUCCACCGCAUGGCUCCGCAACAAAUCCAUCCUCUCCAGAACCAGCAAUACAUGAUGAACCCCAAUCCAUACAUGCCAAAGAUUCAACAGCAACAUAUGUUGCAAGUCCCUCAUCAGAUGAUUACCCCACCGUCAUCACCGCAACUCGUGGAUUUGUUACUGCCACCACCCACCGUGGAUUCCACAUCCGCGCAACCAAAGAAACGAGGCCGAAGAACGUGGGGCCGAAAACGCCAAACCAGUCACACGUGCACACACCCUGGAUGCAACAAAACAUACACGAAGAGUUCCCAUCUUAAAGCUCAUCUGCGCACACAUACCGGCGAGAAACCGUACGCCUGCACGUGGAAAGGAUGCGGGUGGAAAUUCGCUCGCUCUGAUGAACUUACCAGGCAUUACAGAAAGCAUACGGGUGAUCGUCCAUUCCAAUGCCAUCUCUGCGAAAGGGCGUUUUCAAGAAGUGACCACUUGUCGUUGCACAUGAAACGACACAUUUAGAGACUUGACGAUGUAAACUCGUCCGGCAGGAAGCCACAUACGGCUCUACCCUGGACCAUUAAAGACUAAACCUUUCCGAUUAGUUGACUGCAAACAAAAAUUGCUUUAAAGCAAUAUGCGACUUGAAAAAAGUCCUGGCAUACCUGUAGUCAGAAGGUUCAAGUCUUUUGUCGUAUUUUUCCGGAAGACAGGCGGGACCGUUUCGGAACUUCGACACUGCAAGGGCUGUCCGCCCCAAGUGGCCUUAAUGCAGAGGAAGGCGAAAUGUAAAAUACAUAAAAAUAUGAACUGUUUUGUAAAAACACAAGUAUUUGAAACAGUUGUUCUUGUUACCAUGUAUAGCCUAAAAAACACAGCUAUGCAACUGCCAUUUACCCACCGUUACUCACCGCUCUAUGUAUUAAGUUUACUUAACUGGCAGCGUGAAUUUUAUUAUGAAUUAAAAGUGCAAUUUUUGCCUUUUGUGCCUGUAGCGUGCACACUGAACGACUGGUUUCGGAUGAAAUUACUGUAGAUCUUUUAUGAUCAUUUUUUUUGUAUACGCAAAAUAUAUAUACUCGAAACUUAAUUGUCAACGAAUAGCCUAAUUGAGAUUUCAGAAAUUAUUCUUGAUAUGAAAAAAGUAUUUGUGUUCAUUGAUUUGCUUACUAUAAUCAUCGCCAAUUAGCUAAUGAAGAAAACAAUUUGACUGUUAUUAUACAUUGGUGCUUAUAAUAUAUAUAUAUAUGUAUACUAUCUGAUUCACUGUUAAUUUAUUUCGUUGUAUAUGUAACAUACACACUAGUCAAUUUAUUCUAAUAUUGUUACCAUGAGUGCCAUUGCAAAUUCCCAGCAGGUCUGGGAGGGUUGUGUAACAUGACCGUUAUAUUUAUUUUGAUGGUACUUAAUAAAAUAUAUGAAAUGCA